AUGGAGACGCACAGUGCCCCAUCGGCUCUCUUCCUCCUCCUCGCCGUCUCCUCCUUUCUUCUCACCGCCUCUUCUCCCCAGUACUCGCAGUUGCAGAGCUACAUCAUUCGAAUGCGCCUCCCACGGAACGCCACAUUGGUCAGCGCCCAGGCACUGGACGACUGGUACAGAUCCUUGCUCCCUCCCACCGCCGCAAACUCCACCGAGCCCCGCAUUCUCUACACCUACACCGCCGCCAUGACCGGCUUCGCCGCCCGUCUAACGGAGGACGAGCUCAGGUCCGUCGAGAGGAAGCCAGGUUUCCUGGCGAGCUUCCGGGACAGACAAGUGCCGCUCCUGACCACCUACACGCCGCGCCUACUCGGACUUCUCCCCGGGCUUGGCCUCUGGACACACUCCAACAUGGGAAAGGGCAUCGUCAUCGGCGUCCUGGACACCGGCUUGGUCGACCACGCGUCGUUCGCCGAGCAGGGAAUGGAUCCGCCUCCUGCGCGUUGGAGAGGCUCUUGCGCCCCUGGCCUGCAGGGCGCUAUCUCCUGCAAUAACAAGUUGAUCGGAGCACAAUCCUUCGUGAAAAACGAGUCCCCCGUCGACACCAUAGGUCACGGCACCCAUACCGCCAGCACAGCCGCCGGCAAUUUCGUGGCCGGCGCCAAUGUGCUCGGCAAUGCCAACGGCACCGCCUCCGGCAUCGCGCCGCGCGCGCACCUGGCCAUCUACAAGGUCUGCGGGCGCUUCGACUGUACCAUCUCCAGCAUCACCGCCGGCAUGGAGGCAGCGAUCAAAGACGGCGUCGACGUGAUGUCCCUCUCUCUCGGCGGUGGCCCGAUCGCUUUUUACGACGACGUGAUCGCGAUUGGCGCCUUCAGCGCCGUGGAGAGAGGAAUCUUUGUGAGCUGCGCCGGAGGUAAUUCCGGCCCGAUGGCGACCUCCCUCUCCAACGAGGCGCCUUGGGUCCUCACGGUAGCUGCCAGCACCAUAGACCGCAACAUAAGGGCGACCGUGAGGCUGGGGAAUGGGGUCGAGCUCGACGGCGAGUCGGCCUACCAGCCGAACAGCUACCCUUCCGAUUCCCUGCCGAUGGCAAUCCCAGAUGGGAGCCUCGACGGUCCCAAUUGCUGGCAGGGGUUGGUCGAGGCGGAGGUAAAGGGGAAGAUGGUUAUUUGCUCGAUAGAGUCCGGAUCAAGUAUCCUCAUAGGCGACAACAUAAAGUCCCUCGGAGGCCUGGCGAUGCUGAUGGUCAACGGCGAGCUCGACGGCUACACCACAAUGGCCGAAGCGCCGAAUCUGCCUAUGUCCUACCUCAAUUACAUCAACGGCUCUAGCGUCGCUCACUACGUGAACGCGACGCAGACGCCGGUAGCCUCCAUCAUCUUCAGGGGCACCGUUUUCAAGAGGAGUGUUGAAGCCCGACAUCUUGGGACCGGCGUCAACAUCCUGGCGGCGUGGGCUAUUCAGGUCGGCCCAAAUCCUCCCCAGACCACCGGGAACACUCAAACCACCUUCUUCACUAUGAUCUCCGGCACUUCCAUGUAUGUGCCUCAUCUCAGUGGCAUUGCUGCGCCGAUAAAGGCGGCGCACCCGGACUGGUCGUCGACCGCUGUCAAAUCUGCAAUCAUGACGACCUCAGACAUCACCUACAAGGACAGGAAUCCCAUAAAGAAUGAGCAGUACAACAACGCAAGCUUCCUCGGCAUGGGUGCCGACAACGUCAACCCUAUCUAA